GCUGCCUGCCUUUGCCCUCACCUUCCUGCUUGUCCCGGCUUCUUAAACCCAAACGCAAAAAGAGGAAGACUACACAGUACGCAUAUGGGAAAAAGCUAUAUUUGUUUUACACCUGCACGUCGCACGAUGGCUUAUAUAUGAAAAGGACACUUUGGGAUGCGGACAUAAACACGCGUCUCCACCAAGAGAAGCGCAUGAGAAAACACAACGCUGUCCUUCCUCUCUCCGACGCCGAGAAGGACUCCACCCCACCUCGGCAGUGACACCUCCGCUAAAUCGCCGAGAAAGGAUAAGUGACUUUUUUUUACGCUGGAGACGAAAGACCGAGUAUAACAUUACCAUUCAUCUGCCAGUGAAUGACUGUAUGGCUUUAAAAAGUUGCAUGGAGAACAUGGACAUCUGACGUGCGCCACACGGCGUCACUGGACACAGAUAGGAGCCUCUCUCUCUCUUUUCUUCAUCACAUCUUUGAGUGACUAAUCCCCUGCGCUUUGGGUUCGGAGUAAGAAGAAGUGUGCAGCAGUUGUCAUUUGCCCUGACACAGGCUACAUCCAGUAGCUCCCUGCAUAAGGGAACGUCACCACACCACUGAAGACACUGCCUGUUGUGCUGCGCAUUUGUGUGUGCUGAUCUCACUGUUUGUGCAUUAGUGGGAGAUAUAUGUUGAUAGCCAACCCCGGACUUGUCAGAGCUGACAUCCUGUUUGAUAUAAAGACUGUCAUUCACCCGGACCAUCGACCUGCAUCAGAGAGACGGCACAGUGACACGUCGGCUGUGUAACUUCACAUUUCGAAAAGCCUGAACAAGUGUCAUCUCAAGUGCCCCCUUGAAUGAUCACAUUCUCGUUAUUUCCUUUGCCUUUUCUACGUCGUGCGCAUUUGUACUUUGUUCACAAACAGCGCCAGAAACACACGGCCACAUGUGAAUGAGACUCAUCACCUGUCCCGGUUGAAGCGCCCGUACAACUCGACUGACUGACCGACCGACACUGAAGAGGAAUACGUGCCGAAGUUUCGCUGUAGUGAUGCUGCAAAUGGAAAUGGUCAUCUUCUUCUGCCUGGUGCUGUUGAUGUGUGUAUUUAGCCAGGAGCCCAGUUCCAAAGUGGUGGCAGACCGCUACGCCGUCUUCUGGAACCGGACUAACGCCAAGUUCCAUCGUGGAGACUACCACAUCGAUGUGUGCAUAAAUGACUACCUGGACGUGUACUGCCCUCACUAUGAAGACACAGUGCCUGAGGAGCGGACAGAGCGCUACGUCCUCUACAUGGUUAACUACGAUGGCUACAGCACAUGCGACCACACCGCCAAGGGCUUCAAACGCUGGGAGUGCAACAGGCCGCACUCCCCCAACGGGCCACUCAAGUUCUCAGAGAAGUUCCAGCUCUUCACUCCGUUCUCCUUGGGCUUUGAGUUCAGACCGGGCAGAGAAUACUACUACAUAUCCUCCACAAUUGCCGAGAAUGGGAGGAAAACAUGCCUGAAGCUCAAAGUUUUCGUCAGACCAUCAAACAGCUGUGUGAAAACUAUAGGCGUACAUGACCGUGUUUUUGACGUAAACGACAAAGUAGACAAUACAUUAGAACCACAAGAUGAUACCAGCCAUGAACCUGCUGAGCCUUCCCGAAGUGACGAAACGAAUGCUGCACCACACCUGCAGAAAACAAGUCCAGUCCUGGCCUUGUUGCUGGUCUGCCUAUCAGCACUCUUCACUUUAUAGCGCUCCCCUCUGUGCCCGGAGGGCAUUUACACCUAGCGUGGCCUGAAUCUGCCCAAGGCUGCAGGGAAGGGGAGGGAUUUGGUUGGAGUGUGUUUGCUUGAUUGGGCAUCAGAGCAGGCUUCUCAAAGAACCCUCUAUUUUUUUCAGAAAUAUAUUUAAGUGGUCUUUCUCCGUCUGUGAGUGAACAAAAGUUGAUUUUGGAAGUGGGAGAGACAGUUCCCCCUCUCAAAUCUUCAACUGAGAUGCCAAAUCCCUUUUUUGACACUUAGUGAUUCUUAUUUUCCAGUGACUUUUGACAUCCCUUUACAUCAUGUUUAUUUCAUUGCAGCACUGAUGUUCACACACACACACACACACACACACACACACACACACACACACACACACACACACACACACACACACACACACACACACACACACACACACACACACACACACAAGUUUCGAGAGUCAAAUACAAAUUACUACACUACACUAACAAUCAAUAGAAGUAGGUUUUUUUACACUUGUAAACAGUAGCAGCAGUACACAGUAGGAAUGUAAAAUGUUUAGGUUUUAGAAAGAACUGUACAUACAGAAAAUAAAUGUCCCGAGACCUCUGAAAAGCCUUUCAGAAAAUAUUUGAAGUAAGUUCUUUGGGUUCAUUCGAAGCCGAUUUUGGCUCCUCCAUUUUACAAUGAAGUAAAGUACAAAGCUUAAAGAUGAAAAAAAGAGGAGUAAUGACUUUUAGCCAAGGUCAGAUUGGAAACCACAGCACUGAGUGAAACAUACAUGGCAUGCACCUUAGCCCGCCAAUCUUCAAAUAGUCCCGGAUUGAAGUUGAGCCCAAUUUUCUUAGGAAUACAAAGUGUGUGUGUAAAGGUGGAUAAGCUGCUUAGAGCAAGUGAGUGUAAAACCUUUCCUUAUCCCUCUUUGUGUAGAGUAUGGCAGACAACUCAAUAAAACACCUCUCAAACACAUUUGGUUCACCACAACUCACAAAACAUCUAAAUUGAAACUUUCUUACCAGACACUUUGUAGACUGCUAUUAAGCUCGAGGAUCGAUAUCUUUUGAUAAGUGAUCACACAAUUUCACGGCCACAGUCACAGUCAUUGUAUGCAAUGUUUACUGAGCAGGGCUGCAAUUGUUCUCUCCGUUCCAUUGGAGUAUUAAUCAAUAUUAACACUCCCAUAAACAUUUGUAUUUACACCUUUUUUGCUCUGGUAUUGAUAGUUAAAGUGAUUGUUUUAAAAAUGAUGAUUCACAGCUAAAUUGGAGACUUUCUGAAUUUUCUUCAACUAUUAAAUUAUUUUUGCCGAUGGUGUCUUCAACAUUAUAUUCAGUGGAGACACUGUAAACUUUUUAAUGUAUUUUUGUACUGUCUGACAGCCCCUUCAAUUAAAAAAACAGAUGGGAAACAUUUUAAAAAGACAUUUAAAUUCAGAACCAUAGCUUUUUCACUUCAAUGUCACUUAAACCACAGCUUUGACUCGCUUAUUCAAUAUUAGUUACCGUAGUUCACAUUUAGUUUAUUGCAGUUUUUAGAAGAGCUUUUACAGGAUUGCAUAGCUCAAUAGUUGAAAACACAUAGCGUUAAUAGAAAAAAAUCCAUUUAAUUCAAAGCAAUGCCAGGUUUUUUUUAGACUGGCAACGUUUAUAUUAGCACUUACAUAGAAAAUGUUUUCUGUGUAGUAAUGACACUAAGCAUUCUCCAGCUCCCACAGAUGCACACGGUAUGCAAGCAUAAUAAAAGCUAUCAUCUUUUCUUUUAAAAGAGAUGGACUGUGUUUCUUUGUUUUCAAAGAAAUGUGGAAGGAUAGAGAAAUGAAUUGCUUCCUUUUAGGGACACGCUUUUACUUGAGAAUAGGGCCCCAAUUGGUGAAGAAAGAUAGAUAGGGAGAAAUAGAGCAAGAAAAGGAGCAAUUGCAUGUCCACCUUCAGCUCCUAAUGUUACAGGUUUAAGUGACUCUUUAAUGAGGUUCAAAAUGACAGGCAUGUGGACCCCAUGUUGUGGCAAGGGGAGUUAUUCCUGGUAUUAAAAAUAGAUGGUGGAAGGCUUGGGGGGUCUCGGGAGGGAGGUGUAGAUUUCCACCAUGGGGGGGUUUGAAAGCACCAAUGACCUUGCAGUUGAGAGAAUUGGUUAGUUAAGGAAACAGAGAGACAAACACACAGGGAGACAGAAAGACAUGUGAUAGAGCCGAAUGCGGUUUACUACAGUGCCUAAAAAACAUGACAAGACAAAACAACUAAAAUUUCAUGCAACACUACUGAAAAAACACCUGACUCAAUGACAAACUUAUUGUUUAGUAUCACGCUGUCUCAGAAGGCAUGCACUGUUAUGUUUUAUUUCCAUUUUUGUAGCUGCCUUUUUUCAUUUAGUUUUUCCCCAGAAGACUGCUUUUGCCUUUUACCAUUUGUUUUUAUGCUAUGGUAACAAUGCUAUUAUAGCAAAAUAGCAGCUCAGCUAUGGGGGGUAAUAGGAGACGAGGCCAUUUAAUGAGGUACUAAUUUUCAGGAGAACACCACAGGGAAGGAGCCCCGCAUAAGAUACAAAAUGGAUGCUUGUCAGCAGAUUAACACUAGACUCUUAUCAGAAACCAGCUUCAAUUGUACUCUCUUAUAGUUACCGAUACUACUAUUUGUCAUUAUUACUAUUAUUACAAUGGUUUAUUCUGUACACACCUUAACCUGGGAAAUGAGGAUCAACGUAUAAACUGGAUACUGUGUAUCCUGAGGUAGUCAACCAUAAAACAAGUAGUGGUAGGUUAGUAUCUGUUUUGUACCUUUCUGGAGGACAAAAAAAAUGAGAUCAUUGUUAAAACUGUAUAAUUAUUAUUAUUGUCAUGAUGAUGAUGAUUAUGAAUAUUAUUAGGAAAACUUGAUGUAAAUAGUGUUUGAUAUUAAAGUAUUAAUUUGGUUCUUAUGUCUUUUCUAAAAAAUGAAUACGGUAUUAUCUCUGGGUUUUGCGGGGUGUGUACUGUCCUCAAACAAUGCAUUGUGUCCUUUGACCCUCAAUGCCUAAUGAAACUUUGAGCUAAUAUGAAGGGGAAACCUGUGGGAGCUGUACACCAUGUACAGAAGGCUGGCUCACCUGUUACAUGUUUCAAACACGUCACCAACCUUCGCAUCUCUUCAUAAGGAUCCUGCCUUGGAAAGACACACUUUGGACUUAACGGAUGGCUUAUUUGUACUUUUUGCCUUCAGUGUUUGAAAGCAUGUUAGUCAGCUUAAAGAUCUGCCCGGAGUGGACUGUUUGCUUUUUAAUGGAAGGAUCUCGCCAGUUUCAUUAUGUGGCAUGCGCAUGAACUUGAUGACAUAAAAAAAAUCAAAAAAAUCAAAAAAGUUUUUAAAAGAAAGUAUUCUUUUGCUCUUAUUUUCCUUUUUCUUUAAGACGUGUUAGAUUUUUGGAUCACUUUCAUGUUGUGUGUUUUUGCAUCCCCAUUUGAGUGAUUUCAUUUAAACUGUGUAGUGACAAAUGACAAAUGUACAUAACACAAACCAUUGUUGUGAAGUUAUAGUGGGGGACAUUUUGUAGUUCAAAAGCAACUUUUUCAUUUAUCCUAACACUGACUCUUUCCGUACCCAUCCAUUGAAUUCAUCCCAUGUAGUUGCAGUCUGUCUCUCCUGACUAUUCAUCUUCUUUCUGCUCUCCCAAGAGGAGGCGUUCUGAGAGUGUAUACAUCAAUGUGUGGACGUUUUUCAGUGUGAAAAAAAUGUGUGAACAUUUGAGUUUGUGUGUGUGCGUGUCUCAUUUGCUGUUGCCGCAGUGAAUGGGAAGCGGCAACCCUCUUUGGCAACGAAGAGUGUUUCCCAUGCCUUAGCCCUCCAGCCUCUGUCCUGGCAGUCUUGUCUGGUUACAGACGUUUUCUGCCAUUGUGCUUUUACACAGGACGGCUGCUGGCGUCCAAGAGACUACAACAGGGCCCUUCACUUUCUCUCCCUUUCUAACAACCCUGAAUCACUCCUCCCUACUGUACACGUUAGUCCUGGGCACAGUUCAAGGAUUAGUUCACCCCCUGCACCAAAUCCUUAACUGGAUUGUUAGAGGGGUAAUGCCUAUCAUCGAUCCAGGUUCUAUGCCUGCAGGGCAAAGCCUCUCUUGCCAUCAGCCCCCUAUUUGCCGAUGAGCCACUUGUUCAUUUUGUGUGCCUGUCCUGUCCCAUUCUUGUGCUUGUAUAACCCCCACCACACCACCUGCUCCUACUCCCUCACCUUUAAACCUCGCUUCCACUUUGCCAUCAGUGGGGAAUAUUUCGAACCUGCUCUUUUUCAGUAUAUAGACCACAACAAAAAAUUUGACAAAAAUUGAUCUGUAUUUGUAUAUACACGUGUCUGAGCAACUAUGAGUAAUACAAUAAACAGAAAUACAUUGCUUUGAA